UCCAGGAUGGCACAUCAAUACAUGCCAUUGCCAGAAGUCUUAAGAGCAUGGAGGAGAUUCCAGGAGACAAGAGUAUGGAGGAGAUUCCAGGAGACAAGAGCAUGGAGGAGAUUCCAGGAGACAAGAGCAUGGAGGAGAUUCCAGGAGACAAGAGCAUGGAGGAGAUUCCAGGAGACAAGAGCAUGGAGGAGAUUCCAGGAGACAAGAGCAUGGAGGAGAUUCCAGGAGACAAGAGCAUGGAGGAGAUUCCAGGAGACAAGAGCAUGGAGGAGAUUCCAGGAGACAAGAGUAUGGAGGAGAUUUUGGGAGACAGGCAGUUACUGUAGGAAA